AUGGCCGCGCGGUCCGUCACUCUUGGCAUAGACCUUGGCACCACGUCCGUGAAGGCAGCCCUGCUGGAGGCCGCGCCCGGCGACCCAUCAGGGUUUGUGGUACUGGCGAGCUGUGCCCGGGCUGCGCGGGCGGAGGCGGCGGCCGAGAGCUCGGUGGCCGGGCCCCAGGGGCGGGAGCAGGAUGUGAGUAGAAUCAUCCAAGCCCUGAACGAGUGCCUUGCUGCCCUUCCCCGGCUGCAGCUCCAGAAAGUCAGGGGCAUCGGAGUGUCAGGACAGAUGCAUGGAGUCGUGCUUUGGAAAACAGGCCAAGGCUGUGAAUGGAUGGAAGGAGGGGCUGCCCCUGUGUUCAAGCCCAGAGCCGUGAGCCACCUGGUCACAUGGCAGGAUGGCAGGUGUAGCAGUGGGUUCCUGGCGUCUCUGCCCCAGCCAGAGUCCCAUCUCAGUGUGGCCACAGGGUUCGGCUGUGCAACCAUCUUCUGGCUUUUGAAAAAUAGCCCAGAAUUCCUGAAGUCCUACGAUGCAGCUGGCACCAUCCAAGACUAUGUGGUGGCCAUGCUGUGUGGCUUGCCCAGACCCCUGAUGUCCGAUCAUAAUGCUGCUAGCUGGGGAUAUUUCAAUACCCAGAGCCAAAGCUGGAACUUGGAGAUAUUGAAGGGCUCGGGCUUUCCUGUGCACUUGCUCCCGGACAUCGCUGAGCCUGGCAGCGUGGCAGGGAGAACUUCCCAUGUAUGGUUCGAAAUCCCAAAGGGGACGCAGGUGGGAGUGGCCAUGGGUGAUUUACAGACCUCUGUCUAUUCUUGCAUGGCCGAAAAAACAGAUGCAGUUCUCAACAUCAGCACUUCGGUUCAGUUGGCAGCAUCCAUGCCUUCAGGAUUCCAGCCGGCGCAGACCCCAGAUCCUGCAGCUGCCAUUGCCUACUUCCCGUACUUCGACAGGACCUACUUAGGGGUGGCGGCAUCACUCAAUGGGGGCAAUGUGCUGGCCACAUUUGUCCACAUGCUGGUUCGGUGGAUGGCAGAUCUAGGCCUGGAGGUCGAAGAGUCCACUGUGUAUUCACACAUGAUUCAGGCAGCUGUGCAGCAGAGAGACACCUGCCUAACUAUCACUCCAACAGUGUUGGGGGAGAGGCACCUGCCGGACCAGCUGGCCUCAGUGACCAGAAUCUCCCCUUCUGACCUCUCUCUGGGCCAUGUGACCCGGGCCCUGUGCCGAGGCAUCAUUGAGAACCUGCACUCGAUGCUUCCAUUUCAGCAGCUCAAAGAGUGGGGCGUGGAACGGGUGAUGGGGAGUGGGAGUGCGUUGUCCAGGAAUGAGGUGCUGAAGCAGGAGGUGCAGAGGGCUUUCCCUUUGCCAGUGUCCUUUGGGCAGGAUGUGGACGCAGCUGUUGGGGCAGCUCUGAUCAUGCUCCAGAGAAACCUCAACUGGAAGGAGUCAUAG